AGUUCGAGUCGCCGGAGCAGGUAGCCUGCUGGCUUUCCGGCCGUCGACCGGACCCUUGAGAUCUUGGCAUCCAAAUGCAUAAAUACCCCUUUGGCCUUUCAGGCAACCGGCGGUCUGGGCCCAAUGCAGUAGAACACCUUACUUUCAGCUUGAACUGUGUUAAAAAAAUGGCACUUGUUCUCUUCAAGAGGUUAAGCCACGGCGGGGUUUUGCGCACCUUCAAAAUGACACUUGUUAACACCUACCCCACCUCCCCGACUGUUCUGUUGACCACUUGCGCCAGCGAUCCUCCGGCCGUGACGACCGCUAAGCCUCCAGCAGCCUCAGCCAAAGGCGAUUGUUCACAUGCUCCAAAAGCAGCUCCAGGAUGUGAUCCUCCUGCAGCUCCAGCCAAGAAGCCCGAUGGCUGCGAUCCUGAUGAGGCUGCUCCUGCCGUUGAGCCACCAGCAUACCCACCUUCUGGCGAUUGUCCAUGUGAUCCACAACAAGCUCAACCUGUUGGUCCAGGUGCAGGGACCCGGCAUGAUCCCAAGGCCCCAACACCUGACCCAUGAUAUUUCUUGAGCAGCGACAAAAUCCCAAUGCUGUCCAGCAUAAUUUUCAGAUCUGGCAUAGAUCAAAUUCAAGUUUAGAUUUAAAUUUCAGAUAAGAAUCCCCAGUAAUUAGUAGUAUUUACAGGGUGUAUGUGUUGCCACUUAUUGAUGUAAAUGAUUUUUCUGUACUGGGUUAUGGUUUAGAAAACUGAGCAAACAUGUACCGAUAUUACAUAUUUGUUAUGUUGUUGCUAUUAAAGUUUAGUCGCGAGAAAUUAAAAUUUUAUGGGUGGGAUGCAGCAAAGUUCAUCUCCGGUUUGAA